AAAUGUCUCCAAGGUGCCUGCUUACAUGUAGCAAAUACCAAGAACCAGUUGAUGAUGCAGAUCUGGAAAAAUAAUUUAGAGGCACGGAGGAGUGGGGGUGGGGAGAGCCUGACCCUGUGUCACCUCCCCCCCCCUCUCGCAACCCCCAGGUCCACAUGGAGGGUCCGAAGGAGGAGAGUGAGGAGGAAGAGGAGCUGGAAGCCCAGGAGGAAGGGCCUCUGGUGUUCCACCACCACUACCUGCCCUGCCCGACGCCCACUCUGGGCCUCCUGCCUCCCUGGCCAGCGCCUUUCCUUCCCCCUCCGCCACACCAGCCCCCCUUGCAGGCUGCACCCAGGAUCCAGCAGCGCCCUCCUGCCAGGAGAAGGGGGGUGAGAGCCGUGCCCCCGCCCCCACCCCCCAGUGCCACAGGGACUGUGGGUGCGGAUGUACCCCCGGCUUCAGAUUACUAUGAUGCUGAGAGCUUACUAUGAAGACAGACGCUGGCCCAGGGACCCACCCCAGCUGCACUGCGAGGCUGGAUACAGCCCCCCGAGGGCCCCUCUGGUGCUCACAGCCACACCGGACAGCCCUUCUCUGCCCAACCCCAACCAGGCCCUCCCCUCCAGGGUGAAUCAGUCUCCUCUCCUUCCCAUUAAGAUCUGAGCCAGCCCAUCUCUUCUCUGGAGUAAGCUCACUAGGUUAUUCACUGUUCAAGGCCCUCGACCCACAUGAAC